UUGCUUGAUGCUUACUGAUUGUAAUUAUCCCCUAUCAUGUGGGUGUUCUUCGAUCAAGAGGCCUUCACAGAGAUCUGCAUGCCCUUUUUGUCUCCCCAGAUUUCUUUCAUUAUUGAAAUGCAAACAGAGAUACCAGUACUUUCGUUCAUUUCCGCAGCACUGGUUCUCUUUCCAUUGCCUUGGUAUUGUCGGGCUGGCAACAUCGCUGCAAUGUCUAUUGGAACUUGGCUCUUUGUUGUAAACACGAUCAAUGCUAUAGAUGCCCUCCAAUGGACUGGGGCCUACCAAAUACCAUUCUUAUUCUGGUGUGACAUCACGAUACCCGCAGCGUGCCUCUGCAUUUGUAUUCACCUGGAACGGAUGGCGUCUUUCUGUCAAACGCCCGCCUCUGUAACAAAGCGACGCCGUAUCUUACUUGAAUGUUUAAUGUGUUUCGGAGUUCCAUUAGUAUAUGCAGCAUUGCAUAUAAUUGUUCAACCUCGACGUUUUGAUGUGUAUGAAAAUUUUGGAUGUCGCUCGGCGAUAUAUCCCACUGCGGUGGCUUUGUUCGUGGUCUGGAUACCGCCGCUUGUACUUUCUCUUCUUACUAUAAUCUUUUGUGGCAUUACUUGGCGUCACUUUCUCCUUCAUGGCGUUCAAUUUUCGAGGACACGUCCAUCUUCCUCGCUUACUUCCGGAGCCUACAUUCGGCUCGUCAGUAUGGCCGUUUCAGAAGUCAUCUGCACUAUUGCCGCGACCGUAGUAGCCAUGUCAUUUAAUCUAAGCUCAGGGCUGGCUCCAUGGGCGGACUUCACCCGAGAUUUGACGGAGCAAUCGUUCUUCUUUAUCGGAUUGUUUUUACUUGGAGGGGAGGGGCGCAGUCGAUUGCGUGAGGCUGUACAGGUGAUGCGCAAGGCUCUCAGCUUUUUUGAGAGACGAUCUACCUGUAUUGCUGAACUCAAAGGUACAUCUGUAGCAGAAUGCGACUUGACACCAGUUCCGUCUCUGACUGUCCCCGAGUUCAAGACUACUACCUCUCAAUCUAGUACAGCAUACACUUAUCAGUGGGUAUCCAUAUGCGAAACGAUUGGAAAGAAGUCUGAAUUUCUUGAUCCCGCGCUCCUCCCUCUAGAUUCACCCUCCAACUACUCUACUGUCUCAUCGUCACACAAUUCUCUCCAAUCAAAUUUUGACCCGCAACAACUUUUUUUACCUUCGACGCAGUGGCCUGAACCCCCAUCGACAGUCAUUGUUCGACCACGCCCAGCGAGGCCCCACAGCAUGAACUUUCUUCACAUCGAAGCUUUGCCGUUUUAUGGGUGCGCAGUGCCACACAAUUACUCGAGGGAUCCGAAGAAUCGUAACGCUGUCUAUAUGACAGUGGUCAGGGAAGUCCAAGGAGCAUAUUGAGCUGUUUAUUUUCUUUUCUCGUAUAUCCCUUCCAUCGUCCUUCGCGGUCAUUGACCUCGUGUCGGACAGAAUAUGUCGUUGACUUUUUGCUUGCAUGUUCCCGAGUCCUGAAGCAUGUGUUGUUCUUUUCUUCGCCUUCAAAUAUUUGUAUGACUUUCUCUGUUGUGUUGAUGUGCUUCAGGUUUACUAACAGUCUGUAUCAAUAACCAACGUGUAUUGCAUGUUUUUUCCGGAAUGUUGACUAGCCGUUUUUUUCUUACAUAUCUAUUAUCCCGGCGAGGUCAUUGCCCCUAUGUCGGGCAGUAUCAGACGCAAUAUGUUGCCGACUUUUUAUGAAGUAUUUGUCGUUACUUUCCCUGCUUUCAAUUGUAUGGAUUCUUUGUUGUGAUGUACCUUAGGUCUUAGUAACUUGAAUCAGGGCCCGUUUCAAUGUAACCAACGCGGUGCAGCGUGCUUAUGACAGCUUUGUCAUCGAAAUAUCAAAGAUUUUAAACUAA